GCACCCCCGGACCCCGCCAGCGCCGCGCGCAACAAGCGCAGCCACAGCGGGGAGCCCGCGCCGCACCUCCGCGCCGAGAGCCAGGACAUGCUGAUGAUGAUGACCUACUCCAUGGUGCCGAUCCGGGUGAUGGUGGACCUGUGCAACAGCACCAAGGGCAUCUGCCUGACAGGACCACCUGGCCCACCAGGACCUCCAGGAGUUGAUGGGUUACCAGGACACAAUGGAUCAGAUGGACAGCCUGGUCCCCAGGGCCCAAAAGGCGAAAAAGGAGCCAAUGGAAAAAGAGGAAAAAUGGGGUUACCUGGAGCCCCAGGAAAUCCAGGAGAAAAAGGAGAAAAAGGAGACCAUGGUGAACUGGGCUUGACUGGAAAUGAAGGCCCACCAGGGCAGAAGGGUGAAAAGGGAGACAAAGGAGAUGUGUCCAACGAUGUGCUUCUGGCAGGUGCCAAAGGUGACCAAGGCCCACCUGGCCCACCAGGUCCCCCAGGCCCUCCAGGACCUCCUGGGCCCCCUGGAGGCAGAAGAUCCAAAGGCCCUCGGCAGCCAAACAUAUUCAACGGCCAGUGCUCAGGUGAGACAUGUGCGGUCCCCAAUGACGAUACCCUGGCUGGAAAAGCCAAUGAGAAAGUCAGUGAAAACCACUCCCCACAAGCAGAAUCCAUGAUCACGUCCAUUGGGAACCCAACACAAAUACUGAAAGUGACGGAGACGUUCGGGACUUGGAUAAGGGAGUCUGCUAACAAGAGCGACGCCCGCAUUUGGGUGACUGAACACUUUUCAGGCAUCAUGGUGAAGGAAUUUAAAGACCAGCCCUCGCUUCUGAAUGGCAGCCACACGUUUAUCCACCUCCCCUAUUAUUUCCACGGCUGUGGCCAUGCUGUUUACAACAACUCUCUCUACUACCACAAAGGAGGCUCCAACACCAUCGUCAGAUUUGAAUUUGGCAAAAAGACAGCCCAAACUCUGAAGCUUGAAAAUGCCUUGUAUUUUGAUCGGAAAUACCUUUUUGCAAAUUCCAAGACUUACUUCAAUCUAGCCGUAGAUGAAAAGGGCCUUUGGAUUAUCUACGCUUCCAGUGUGGACGGCUCGAGCAUUCUUGUGGCACAGUUGGAUGAGAGGACAUUCUCUGUGAUGCAGCACAUCAACACCACGUACCCCAAGUCGAAGGCCGGCAACGCCUUCAUCGCCCGGGGGAUCCUCUAUGUCACAGACACCAAAGAUAUGAGGGUCACGUUUGCCUUUGAUUUGCUGGGAGGGAAACAGAUCAAUGCAAACUUUGAUCUAAGAACUUCCCAGUCUGUUCUGGCAAUGCUGUCAUACAACAUGAGAGAUCAACAUUUAUAUUCGUGGGAAGAUGGCCAUUUAAUGCUUUAUCCUGUGCAGUUUUUGUCGACUACGUUAAAGCAGUGACACUCUGUUCCCCUCAGUAAAUUUCAGAUGUUUUCUGGAACCAUUUCUAUCUCCACAGAAAGCUUGUCUUUAAGUAUAGCCAAGAACGGAGGAUGUCAUGUCAUACGUGAGCAGUUAACGUGGCCAGUAAGCCCCCCUGUAAAAUCAGAUGGCCCGGUGAAAUCACGGAGGAUUGAAAGUUAAAAGAGUGAGAUUUGGCGAUUCCUCCACAAACUAGCUAGGCAAGUUAUCUCUUCUUGGGCCUUGGUUUCCCCAUUGGGAAGAUGACAUAACUGGUUAACCUGGUUGGUAAGAGUUCCUCUACUUGGGGACAUUCUGAUUCUUGGCAGUAGCUAGUCACUUUUCUCUAUCUGGUUCUGGUUUGGUUCUGAUUUUUAGCUGCAAGCUGAAUAGUGCUGGCUUACCUUUGCAAGGUACCAUGCUCUCCAUAAUAUAUUACAUUUCUUUGCAUGUGCCACCAUAGAAUGACCGUUGUCCUCAGCUCUUAAUUACAGCUCCAAGAUUAGCAAAAGUCAGGAACAGUUACGUGCUCAGGGUUCUUAAUGAAACAGAAUCAUACUCUCUCAGGGUCUUACCAACUUCUGAUCAGGUUGAUUUGUGGCUAUGGAUCAUCAAUAAUGAGUCCUCAGGUCAGUCUGGUGGCUUCUGUGGACCCACUCUGAGGUGACAAAAUACUAUGUGAAUGGGCAUUAGCCAGGUUGGAAUCAUGAAAAGCACUUUGCAGUGUUCAGAAGAGAGGCAUCGUUUAUGGUUAUUAUCUAGAACAGGGGUGAGGAAACUAUGGUCCUAGGGUGAAAACCAGCCCAUUGCCUGUUUUUUUUUUAUAAAUAAAGUUUUAUUAGAACACGA